AUCGGCUUUCCUCUCCCCCGGGAUAAAUAUGUAAAUCCUAUCCUAUCUAGCGCCCUCGUCCGCCAUGGUAUUUCAUUAUCUACAAUCAAUGGACAUUGCCAAUUACCGCUGCCCACUACCGGACUGUGGCUAUGGUCAGCGGUUCAGAAUUUUGGUACCGGUACUGCAGUGACUGGAUACGAGAAAUAGAACAUGGACAAGGUACCCGUGGUGGAUCCGGGCAACUCUCUGGCAGAUCAUGAACUUGUGCAAGAUACUAUCUGGCCAGAGGAGCAUGUCAUGGCAGACAAACUACGUGAAUGCUGCACAAUAUUCGGCAAGGAAAAAGAGAGCAAAUUGCUGGAAACAGCGCAUAUUUUGUUGGAAAUGGGUCAGUUAUACAUGGUAAAAGCUAAAAAUGCUACAGGUAUGCUACAAAAGUUAACCUUUCUCCGCUGUGCUGCUCUACUUAACGGUGCUAAAGUUCGCUUUCAUUUGAAAAAUAAACAAGACGGAGAGUCAGAGGUAGAGAAAUUUUUGGAACUUCUGGGUUUUGAUAUACUGAAGUCUGCCUCAGCCGUGAAACCCGAAACAAAUUUGCUAGAGGAAUCAAAAAUAUUUUUUGAAAGUGUCAUAGAGAUGAGAGAAGAUUGUAAAACCAUGUUGUCGGGUGAUAGAGAAUUAAUCUCAGAUACUGUGAAAUACCCUGAAAGAUCUGAAUAUGAAUUUGAUAUAGAGAGCAGAAAUAAGUCAUCCCAUGUGAAAAAGAUGAAUAAAGAUUUGACGAAUGCCUUUACCAACCUCAUGACCAGAAUAUCUAAAAAGUGUGUGGAUGUAAUGGGUGAACCCCCUUGUAAAUUUGCUACUGUCGGUUUGGGAUCUUUAGCUCGUGAAGAGAUAACCCCAUACUCUGACUUCGAACAUGUGAUUAUACUUCAGGAAGGGGUGCAAAAAAGACCAGAUUAUAUCUCCAUAAAAGAAUAUUUUCGCUGGUAUGCUGUUUGCUUUCAAAUAAUUAUAAUUAAUUUUGGUGAAACCUUCAUCAGGAGCAUGGGAGUAAAAUCUUUAAAUGAUCUCUAUUCGGAGAACAAAAAACUGAAUUGGUUUUAUGAUACAUAUACCCCAUGUGGAAUUGCAUUUGAUGGGUUAGUACCACAUUCUUGUAAUAAUCCUUUAGGUCGUGUUGAGCCAACUGAGCGAAAGAGAUUUCCUCUUGAGCUUAUUCAACCCAUUAGUGAAAUGACCAGACUCGUGAAUCUCGAAAGCAGAAGCCAGAAUGGAUAUUACGUAAAUGAAGUUCUUACAAGAACUUGUUUUGUUUAUGGAAACCAAAAUAUAUUCGAUACAUUCAAACAUAGGGUUGAAACUACAAUUAAAUUUGAGAACUUACGCAGUCUAGCAGGUUCUCAAGGCGAACUGAUUCAUUUUAAUCCAUUGGAUUCGGUGAAGAUGUGGUCUCCUUCUGUUUCAUCAUAUUUCAACACUAAAGCAACAAUGUAUCGCCCAAUUACUGUUCUACUUUCGUCCAUUGCACGCUCAAUAAAAAUUGAGGCUGUAACUAGCUUUGAUAUUGUCCAGAAUCUAUUGAAAUUCGGAGUGAUAAAGGAAAAUUUUGCAGUAGAUAUUGAUGCAGCAUUGGCUCUGACCUUUGAUUUACGUAUCAAGGAUUAUGUAAAAGGGGGAGAUCAGAGAUAUAAAGGUGAAUUCAAACGCACUCUCAAGACCAUUGGGUUUAAGAAUCUAUAUGCGUUUUAUAUUAUUUUAGAAAAAAUAAGAUUACUUGCAUAUUGCUGUUUUGGUAAACCUUUUAUGACUGGACAUUUUCCUUGGGGUGAGCAACUCUCCAACCUAAUAUAUGGCUUUCUAAAAAGAGACGUCGUCAAAGCCAGCAUUUUAUACAUGUUUCAACAGUAUGAUGAGGCUAUUGAUAUCGCUAUGGAUUUACUAGAAACAAAAUUUGAAACUAUUGACGAUAAUGAUGUUGCCAGUCUUUUACGUAUUGUUGGUGGUUAUCUUUACAAGUAUACAAGCUCGAAUAGUAGAUUUUCUGAUACUGGUUUGUGUCUGAAACGACUUGGUAAAGUCAUUCAAAUGGACAAAAUUAAACUUGAGUGGAAAUUUUAUUUUUUUCCUGUGAUUGCAGAACUGUGUAUGCAGUUCGGCUAUGAAGAUCGUGCUAUCAUGUUUUGCAAAGAAGGGAUAUUCAGAUUCAAUAACUGGCAUCCAUGUCCGCCACCCAUUCAUGUGCUCCAAACAAAACAGUUCCUUGACCAUGGAAUGGUUUUGGUUCUGCUGAAACAAGGCCGUUAUGCAGAGGCGUCACAAAUCUGUAGCAACUUUUUCAAAAAUCUACAAACUGGUAAUGUAGAUCUGCGCUGGAAAUAUAUCACCAGCUGGAUCAAAGCGGAAUUUGGAAUGAAUCAAACUGAGGCUGCCAAGGCAGCAUUGCGUAAUCUUUAUAAUCAAAUUAAGACCAGUCCUGGUUUUUCAAAUGAGACAAAUGCGAUUUCAGCUUUGUAUCGAAUUUUAGAUGUUCAAUAUGAUAAUGGCAUGCAUGAAGACUUUUGUCAAACAUAUGAAUUAUUUGAUUCUCUUACAAGAGAAGUUGAUGUGAGAGCUGAACAUCCAUACCAAAAGUUUUUAAUGAGAAUGGGUAAGAAAGUUACAGAAGCUUAUUUACUUCUGAACAAAUAUGAAAACUGUAUUGAUGCUGCAAAGAGAAACAUAUCAAGUGUUAAAAAUGUGAAUGAUUCUGGAUUUAGAAAAAUUUUGGUUGAUAAAUCUGUCUUUCACAAUUUGGGUGUAGCUCACUGUAUAUUAAGUCAGACGUCACCCACACGUAAUGAAAAGAUCAGCCACUUGAAGAAUGGUAUUAUAGCUUUCAAUACUGGCUGUCCAUUAUCGAAGCAGGCAGUUCUGUAUUAUCAGCAAGCGCUGAGUGUAUUAACAUGCACACUGCUUGAAAUUAGUGAUUCCUCUUUAAGCUGCACCGUGAUGCGUGAACUUUGUUUGAACAUUUCUAUUUGCCCCACGAGUGUGAGGCGUAGUGAAUCUGUACAGAAAGCAACUUAUGAUCUGAUAUCAUAUAUCUCAAAAAAAAUUGUGAUGAAUGAAAGAGUUCAAUCAUCAGCAGAAUUAAGCAAGUUGGUUAUCGAGUUCCCUGCAAUGCUGCCGUAUGAAGUAACUCAGCCAUUCACCUAUCUUGAAUUAAUGAGAAUUUGCAAGAAUCGACUUGAUAAGGAAUUCUGCACUUCAGCAUUUGAACAAUGUUUUUGUAGUAGGUAUAAAUCAAAAAGCAGCUCUGCGAUUUAUAAAGAUAUUGUUGUGAAAUAUUCUAAAUAUGACUUAUUUCAUUGUGCACAUGGAAUUUGGAGGCUGUUGCAUACUGGCAAGGUGGCUGGUUCAUUUGAAACCAGUGUUCACUUUUUAUUUUACUUGAUUCUUCAUAAAACAAAUCACUGUUGAACAAUUUACUAAUAAGGGACCUCCAGAAGUAUGUGUACCAAUAUGGAGGUAACUAAUUUUGUUCGCCUACUUUACAUCAAGUUUUGUAAAUGGACUGUAACCUAUGGGCAGGAGGUAUAUUCACUUGGCUAACAAAGACAAUCUCUGAACUAAUAUAACUAAGGAAAAUCUGAAUAAAAUCAUGGCCGAACCAGGUACACACACUAUGGAGUACCCCAAUAAGUAUAUUAACUUCUAUAAACAUAUAAUUUUUGUUAUAGGUCAUUGUGCGUUCUUAUUAAAUUUCAAUAUAUUCUGAUUAUUUUUAGAAUACCUGUAAAUACAAUAAUUUCUAUUCAAUCACUCAUUCCACUUUUUCUAUUUUUUUUAUCCUUCCUCUUCACUGAUGUUUCAAGUGUCUUGGUCAAAUUGAAGAGUUGAGUUUGCACUUGACCAACGCUUAUGAUAAUUGAGCAUAUGACUCAUGCAAUGUAUAAUAUACUAAAUGCUUCCCAAAGUUAGAUAAAGGCUUUACUGAAAUGUGACUAUAUGCAAUUAACAGAUUUAUCAUUUUUUAUACUUAUGUAUAUGUCAAACUGUUUGUUCAUGACUAUUCUUUCUCACUAGCCACUACCCUUUUUUUAAUAAUUAUUUGUUGAAAUUACAGACGCAUGACCUAUUUGAUUUGAUAAUAUUCAUUGAUACUGAUAUAACUUGAAUUUAAUUUUUUUCUAUUAUUGACUGUGCCCAGCAAUAUUUUGUCCUAAUGCAAGCCAUUAUUCUUCAAAGGAUUCACAUCAAUACGAAUUCUUGUAUAAUAAAUAAUUUAUAUCUAUAUUAUUAUAUUUUUCAUGAGCUCAAAUUUUUAUUGACAGA